CUACGGACAAAAUGGCGAAUGUGGAGGGAAAAAAAAAAUCUUGGUGUUCAUUGUUUGUUCGGAGAAGGAGAAGAUGGGUUUGUUUAAAGCUGGCGGAUAUGAAAGGGUUGUUGUAUUGAAGGUGGUCGUGCUUUUCCCAAACUGCACGUUAGUUUCAGAAUAAUCUGUGAUGCCGAUUCGCCGAGCAGCCGCAACUCCAACCCAGGAGAAGGCUCCCUCUGCGGCUGCAGAGAAAGAACCAGAAGCCUCUUCUGAGGACUCGCCCCCUGCUGAUGAGGAGCAGGCUGCAUCUUCAGCUGCCCCAGCUGAGGGUGAGGAGGGGGAGACGUCAGGCGAUGGAGAGACCAAGGGGAAAAUGGAGAAGGCAGAAGGUGGAACCUUGCAGUCAAAGGAACAAACCGAAGGCGGGAAUGAACAUAUUGUGAAAUGCCAGGACUGCGCGGCUGGACAGUGCUCAACGCACUGCUAUGUUCUCCUUCUAAGGAUGAAAGAUGGCUUCAAGUAUAAGAAAUCCAAAUCCAAGAAGAUGAAACGGACAAUUCCUGCAUGGGCUAGCGUCACCACAAGCAAAAACAUUCCCGUUACCAACUUUGCAGGCACGCAGAACAAAGUGGAUAGCAUCCUUGUCGAGGCUAUAGGGUCCUCUAAUGAGAGGUCUGGGAUGUCCUUCCAAUCCGUCAUGAAAUAUAUUUUGAAAAAAUACCCUGGGAUGGAGCUUAACAAACAGAAGUUUCGCAUCAAGAAAGCAAUGAAUAAACACUUGGAAAAGGGCACCAUCAAACAGCUAAAGGGUAAAGGCCUUUCAGGAACCUUCGCCAUUGGAAAACAACCUCCCCCAUCUAAGAAAGGUGCUCAGAAACAGGAGCCUCUGGGAGAUGCUCUUCCUCUCAUCAUCACUCGGCUCUGUGAGCCCAAAGAAGCCUCUUACAAUCUGAUCAAGAAGUACCUGGAGCAGCACUUCCCCUGCUUCAACAUUGAAAACAGGCCUGAUCUCCUAAAGACCGCCCUGGUGAGGGCUGUAGAGAAAGGACACCUGGAGCAAAUUACAGGGAAAGGAGCUAGAGGAACCUUCCAGCUGAAGCGAGCUGCCAAAGAGCUGAAAGGCAGCAUGUUGGAAGACGCUAUCACAGUUGCUAUCACAGCUAUGAAUGAGCCCAAAACCUGCAGCACUACAUCUCUGCGCAAAUUUCUCGUAGAUUCCAACAAGGACGUAAAGGAGAACCUGUUGGUGGCCAAUUUGAGGAGGACUCUGACCAAGUGUAAAGUGCUGGGCUGGAUGGAGCAGAUCACUGGUCAUGGUUUCACUGGGACUUACCAGCUCUCGUUUCCAUUUUAUCCAAGUCCUACCACUCUGUAUCCAGACAAGUUUAAAGAUGCUCCAAAAAAAACAGCCGCACGGAAGCAGACUGUUGACCCAUCAGAUGAAGAGGAGGAAGAAUCUGAGGAAGAAGAGUCAGAGGAUGAAGCUCCAGCUCGUAAGAGGAAACCUAAUAAGAGGCCUCCACCCAAGGCUCAGCGCCCUCCACCAACCAAGAAAUCCCGCAGUGUCAGUAAGUCGAAGGCUAAAGGCAGAGGUCGUCCACUGGCAAAUAAGUCUCCUGCCAAGAAAACUGUGACAUCAGAAAGGAACCCAUCUAAGAAGGAAACUACAUCGACGCCUAAAGCAGCACCUGUGAAGAGAGGUGCUCCUUCAAGAAAGUCUAAAACACCAGCUGUUAAAAAGCUAAGCAAAAAAGGGUCUAGGAAACCCCCAUCCAGAGAGUCAUCCCCAGAUGAGCCCAAAGUUGAAAAAGUGACGAUAAAAAGUGGGUCCAAACGAUCAAAACCUGAGGAGUCCUACCCUGAGGAACCUAAAGUUAUAAAGGAGACGUCAAAAAGCGUCUCAAAGCGAUCUAAAGCCGAAGAGCCAUCUCCUAAGGAGCCUGCGGCCAAAAAGCCGGCGACCAAAGGCGGGUCCAAAAAGCCUGUCUCGGAACCGUCACCUCCUGAGAAAGCUGACCUAAAAAAAAAACCGAAAGGCGGCAAACAGUCAGCUCGAAAGUCCAAGAGAGGAAAAUACUGAACCCAUGAGCGCCUUCUAGAAACUGGGCCGUGCUGAACGUUCUGCAGUCUGCAGCUUUGUUUCAAUGCUCUCUAUUUUUACCAUUGUUUUCUCUGUUUUAGAGGGCAGUAGCUUUAGUUUUUUGGGAUUUUUUUAACAGUAAAGUAAGAACAUUAACAAUUAUGUUAGCUGUGCAUUGAGGGUGUGUUGAAGUACUUUUUUUAUUCAUGAUAUGUAGAGCAGCUUGGUUAGUGUUGCUGUUAAAGCUGCCAGCUUGGGAAAGCAUAGCAAAAUUCACCAUCCUGUAACUAAAACCAUGUCUUGACUUUUGUUUGUAUGUGUCUAUCCACUCAAUGCUGGUGGCUCACAUUCCUAAUGCCAAGAAAAGAGAGUUCAGUGUUUUUUUUUUUCGAAGGGGGAAGUGUCUGUAAUUAUUGUUAUUUUUUUUUUUUUAAAGAGGUUGAAGACCUUAGGUGAACAGUGUUGCUGCAUUAUCAAAGAGAGAAAUUUAGACUGUUGUCCAGUAUCUUAAGAUGCCCAUCCUGUUCAGUGUGGCCAGUACAGGAUUGGAAUCUUAAAUCCUUUAUAUCCUUUAUUGUAACCUUUAUACUUUUGGGGGGGAUAUUAUGUUGUCCUCUUAAUAAAUUGAGAAGAAAACAGUAUUGAAGUCACAAAUAAAUAAAUAAAAGAAAUGCCUGUGUAAGCAAGCUUAUACAUUGGUUUUAAUAGCUUCACAGCUAUUACUCAGUCCCAAAUUAAAAACUUGUGUUCAGAAAUGGGAGGAUACCAGCUCAUACAUACCCUGCAUGCAUGUAUUCCUUGUGUUCUGCUUUUUUCCCCAAGUCAUUAAUAAAAUGGCUAUAUUUGUAAA